AUGGGAGGCAGGGGCCUGGGCGACGUGGGCGUGCGGCUGUCAAAGGACCUGACCACCGUGGCCGCGGAGGCGCUGAUGACUAACCUCAACCGCCUCGGGCCCCAGGUGCUCCCCCUGAGCGAGAAGCUGGCCUUCGUCCACAACAUGAUCAAGCGGAAGCUGCACGGCCCCAAGGCCGUCCCCCCCUACGUCCCGGACUUCAUGACCGCCUUCGAGCACGUCUGCAUCCACAGCGGCGGCCGCGCGGUCAUCGACGGCAUGCAGAAGGCGCUGCGGCUCGACGACGAGCAGACCGAGCCGAGCCGCGCUACCCUCUACAAGUGGGGCAACGUGAGCAGCAGCAGCGUCUGGUACGUGCUGGCGUACCUGGAGACCUUCCGCGGCCUGAAGCGCGGCGACAAGGUCUGGCAGCUGUCGUUUGGUAGCGGGUUCAAGUGCAACAGCGCCGUGUGGCAGGCGAACAGGCGAAUCUCGUUCGAGCACCCCUGCUGGGCGGACUUUGAUCAUGCUAAGAUGCGGCUGGAGCUGGGGCAGCUGAGCGCGAAGAUCGCGGAGGAGCGGGCGGCGCGGCGGGCGGCGGAGGCGGAGGGCAAGGUGGCGCCGCGCGGCGGGGACCACUGA